AUGGAGGUGAUGAAGCGACAAGAGCGCAAGAUCCUUCAACGCCGACGCCGGUUGCAGUGUCAGGAACGUUGUACUCAUCGCCGCAAGAACCUGAAUCUUAUUAUUGAACGUGAGGAAAUCGAUAGAGUUGCAAUAGAAGCGACGACAUUGGCCGACAUUGAGGCACUCACGUCUCGACCAGGAUUCAUACGGCAGCAGUUGACAAUGAAAGGAAUGACUGCACUAAGACGUUGGUAUCUUCAGCUCAAAUUGAUUGUUGCUGAGGACUCGAAGUCGACGAUGGCGGAUCGAAACGACGACAUGGAGACUGCAUUACAGGCUUGCGAGAAGGAGCUAUUGCGUGAUCAACGCUGCUGCGACGUCGUGUAUAGAGCAGGAGCGCGGGUGUCGGACGUUCGCGAAAGUUUGCUGGACGUGGGUGCGCCCAUGGACGUUCGAGAGCUGUUGAUCGUAUCCACACGUGUUGACAGCUUCAUAUGCCGAGUCACGUGCGUGCACGACGGCAAGCACGUAUUGUUUAUCUCCAGCGAGUAUAUUGAGCAUUUGCAGGCAGAGUUAGAACGCUUCUUGUACGAAGAUACACCAGUUGACGCCGUCAUCAGCUUCAUCUGGAAGGCACUCAAAGCACACCAAGUAGUCAAAUAA